AUGUAUGUUGAACGUUUUUUACAACGAACAAUUCCAACAACCAUUGCUCCUUUUUCCAAAUCACAUAUCCUUCCAGUAUCACGUAUCGGUAUACGUUUUUUGAAAACCAAACCUUCUACACGUAAUUCCUCAGCAGAUAAAACAAAUUCUUCCACAAGAAAAACUCCAGCAAACAAAACUGGUGAUGUAAUUCCACCUACAGCUCCUCCUUUUGUUUAUAAACCUCCUGCAUUAGGUGUUAACCCUGCUUAUGAUGAGGCACUUAAAUAUAUUGCUGAAGACAAAGCAAAAAAAUAUCAGGAGAUCGAAGAGAUCGAGCAAAUCAUAAAAAUGAAAAUUAAUCAAGGAGUUCACCCUAAUGAUGAAUCAAUAAAAGAAUUCGAAAAAGAAAUAUACGAUUUAGCGGUUUACGCUGAAGCGAAUGAUCCCGAAAUUCGAUGGAAUUUUGAACACGGGAAAAUCGACAUGACUAAACCAAUAUAUCGAUUUUUACGAGAGAAACAAUGGAAGAAUGGCUAUAACCAACAUUUAAUGGAACGUAUAAAUCAAAUGUUUGUUGUUCCAGACGUCUUCCCUCUUGUAAAGAAUCUUACAAUUGAUCUUCAAUUUAAAUUCGAGAGUGACAUAGUGGAACCCGGAAUUUUUCUGAAACCUAUAAACACUAUAGAUCCUCCAACUAUGAUAAUGACUAAUUACCAUGUAGAUACACGACUUUACACGCUUUUUAUGGUCGAUCCAGAUAUGCCGGAUGUGACGCAAAAGACUUUUAAGACAGAAUGGCACUGGUUGGUAAUUAAUAUUCCCCUUAUGGCUACAAAAAAUGAUAUGUCCGGAGGUGAAACUCUUUUACCCUACGUGCCACCACAUCCACCUAAAGGAACAAAAUAUCAUCGAUAUACUUUUGGUGUUUAUGAACAAACUCAAGGUAAAAUUGAAAAAGAAGAUUUAGAUCUUUCUAUAGAACAUCCUCAAUUGGUAGAACAAUAUCAAUUGAAAUUAUGUGGAACUUCAUUCUUCCGUGAGAUAUGGGAUGAGACCGUUAGUGAUAUUUAUAGAGAUAUUUUAAAAAUUCGUGAACCUAUUUAUGCUAAGCCACCUAAAGAGGAUCCUUAUCUCGAAGUGGCUACUGGAAAGAAACGAUCAGCGAAAUAUUUAGAAACUUUAAAUGAUCAACUUUUCGUAAAAGAUAAGUUCGAUGAUAAUAGUGUAUAA